AUGGGUUGUGGAGUUAGUACUAAAAUUAAUAUUCAAGACCCUGAUUAAAAUAAUGAUUAAUCUUUGCAAAUUGAUAAUUCUAAUAAUUAAUAAUAAGAUAUCCAAUAAAUUGAGGCAAAUUAGUAGGAUACAUAAGAACAACAAGAUGGAAUAAGAAGAAUUUUAUAAGAGGAUAUUGAUCUUCCAUGCAAAAAACCUAAACCAAAAUAAACAGAUAAUAAUAUUGAUUAAAUUCAAUUUGAACCUUCUUUAAAUGAACAAUCUUCAAUUCUGAGAAAUGAAAGAUUGUAAAAAUUAAUCAAGUUUGGAAGGGAAUAUGUUAAACUAUUACAUCGUAAUUCUGAAACUGAAUAAUAAAUUAUUAAUGAAAUUGAAUAGUUGAUUUUUUCUAAUUAACUUACUUUACAAGAAUUGAAUGUAAUAUAAUUUUAUUUACUUUUUAGAAAAUAUCUAAAAGAUAUGAUAAAUCAUUGCUUUAAAUAUUAUUCUUGAAAGGUUGUUAAGGAAUUACUUUACUUGAACUCAUUUUAAUUUAUAUAGAAGAUUUUUCAAUAAUCACUCAUUUAUUAUAAGAACAUUAUUUCCCAAUUAAUGAUGAUUUCUAUUUUGUUGCUAUACGAAUUAUUAAUAAAAUUAAACCAUUAAGAAAAAAUGAUAUUCAAGUUCAAUAAUCCAUUGAAUUUAUUAAAACAAUCUCAAAUUUCAAUUAAAUAAAUUAAUUAGCAAUAAAUAAAGAAGCUCAUAUUAUAUUUAAUGGAGUUACUAAUUUUGGAUCAGAAUUCAAUCUAAAAAAUCAAUAUCAUGUUUAAUUAUUAAAUGCAAUUGUGAAAUUGUUUAAAAAAUUCUAAAUUCAUUCAAGUUUGGAAUAUUUAUAUAAAACUGCUAAGAUUGAUAAAAAUUUCACUAAUUUAUCAAUACCAAAGUCUAUACCAAAAGGAGAAUGCAAUUAUGUCAAAUGUUAUAAGAUAGAAUUAGAAUUUCUAAAAAUGAAUUUGUUUCAUUGGAUAGCAUUAAAAAAUGAGUGGAAUCUUUUUAAAUAAUAUGCUAACAAUUAUUAUUAAUAGCCUGAUAUUUCUGGAUAAACUCCUUUUAUGAUUUUUACAGAAAAAGCUCCAUUAAGAAUUAUUUUAGAAUAUAUAACAACAUAUCCUUCAUAACUAAAAUAAGCCAUAAAUUAUUCAACCUUUUAAGGUAAAAAUAUUCUACAUUGCAUUUCUAUGAAUAAAAAUAUUUCAGAAACAAAUUUAAACGAGAUUAUUAAAAUCUUUAAUCAUUUCGAAUCUUAAGAAUCCUUAAAAAAAUUAUUAUAUUAAUCAUUCUAUGAUUAAAUUCCUUUAAUUUCUUAUUUAGAUUCUCAUAAAUAAAUUCUAAAUCCAAUUUGUCAAUUUUUGAGUCAAUUUAUUAUCAAAGAAUUUGAUUUCAACUAAUUUAUAGUUUAAGCUGUGAGACUUUCACAUUUAAUUAAAUAAACUAAAUAUAAAGAUCUUAAAGAAAAUUAAAAGAGUGAAUUCAUAAAAUUAUAUGAUAGAUUCUUUUAUUAUAAAAAGAUAAAAGUAGAACAAAAAGAUGAGGAAAUUGACGACGAAAGUGAUGAAGAUAAUAAGAAGAAAAAUGAAAAGAAAAUUUUAAUCAAACAGAUUCCUUAACCAUAAAUAUUAACAGAAGAGGAUUUUAUUUAUUUACAUUAUAUUUAGCUUGUUAAAUAAGUAAUAAAAAAAGAUUUCAAAGUUAACUUCGAUUGGAUUAACAAUUUCAAUAUUUACACAAGUUAUUUUCCUAAUGAUAUAGGAACUGCUUAAUAAACAUUCAUGAAUAUUUUAUUAAGAAAUGGACAUUAAGAAAAAGUAAAGUCAACUAUUACUUAAAUGAUUUAAUAAAUAAAUUCAAAUAUGGAGACUAAUAAUCCAAAUAUGUUUUCUUUGAAAGCAUAUUUGCUUGCUUAAUUGAUAAGUUUAAAAAAAGAAUAAAAAUAAUAUCCAAAUUAGGAAUUAUUUAAUAGGAUAGAUUCGAUAGUAAUAGAAUAAAUUAGCUAAAAUCCUAUACUAUUGAUCACUUAAAUUUUUGGAAAUACUGAUUUUAGAUCAUUAGAACAUCAAACUAUUUAUUCUUUACUAAUUUAAUUAAAUGAUUAAAAAUUACUAAAAAAAUGUUUAUCUGCUGAAUUGUUAUUCGAUAUAGAUUAGAAGACAAAAUAUUUAAUUUUAAAUACAGCAUUCGAGUUGAAAUAAUUAAAUUCUAAAGAUAACUUGCUUAAUAAAAUAAUAGAUUCCAUAUAAAUUAAAGCUAAAAUCAGAUUAAUUAAAUAUUUUUUUUAGAUUACCUUAAAUAAUAAUUAACAAGAAAUUAAUAAUUAAGAGGAUAAUACAAUAAAUUUUAAAACAUUAAUUUAUCUUGACCUCUAAGAUUAUGAUGCAAAAAAAGCAAUCAUCAAGUAAAUUCUUUAAAAGGAUCAAAAGAAUGAUGAAUUUCAUUAUUUUAGAGCAUAUAUAUCAUAUAAAAAUAUUUUAGUAUUUAACUAAAAUAUAGAAUCUCAAAAGACAUUUUUAGAAAUGCUUAAAUCUAAACCAUCACUCUUUCUAAAUAAAUUCUGGUCUUUGAAAGAUGAAUUUAAUUUUAAUCCUGAAAUAUUAAAUGAAUGUGAAGUGAAAAAAAAAUUUACUAUAUUUGAUUUAAAAUUUGAACAUUAUGAAAAAGCAUUUGAUUGGUAAAUUUGCGGAAUCUUGGCAAAAAUAUAAAAUUCUUAAGUUCCUACUAAUAUAAACAUAAGUAAUUUAAGUCAUAAGUAGAAUGUUAUUCUUAUUUAAAUAAGUCAGAAAAUUUCAUUUGUAGAAGCUUUAGCUUAAUCGAAUAAAUUGAAUUAAGAAUUUUAAAAUUUUAUGUUAAGCUAUUAAAAAGAAAAAAAGUUUAUUAAACCAAAUCUUGUUAAAAUGAUAGAAGCAGAAGCUUUUAACAAUAUCUAAUUUAUAAGCAAUUGGUUCUAAUUAAGUUUAGAUGAACUUAUCGCAUUAUUAGCUAAUUAAUAUUUUUUAUUUGAAAUAAAUGGAAAAUAGAAAGCCUAUACACAUGACAAUUAGAUUGUUGAACAAUUUAAUUAACAACUAUAAAAAUUAUUAGAAAUUUAAAUAUCUUAGUAUGAAUAAAAUUAAGGUGUUAAAUAUAAUUUUUCAAAUAUAAUUUAGUUAAUUUCUCUAUAAAAUUGGAAAAUGUUAGAUGAAAAAACAAAAAAUUCUAUUUAUAAAACUAUCAAUAAAGAAUCUUUAAUUGAUUUAAUUUAUUCGGAAGUAAAUAUUGAAGUCACAUAGUCAAUAAUCAUAGAUAUUUUAUCUAAAGGUUCAAUUGAAUUAAUAUAAAUGGUAAUUAAACAUUGUACAAAAUCAUUACCUAAAAAUUCAAAUAUAAUAAAUUUGAUAAUAAAUUUAGCUCUUAACAUUGAAAAUAAAGAUGAAGAAACUAUAAUUUUGUUAGAAAAGUUAUAUGUAUCUUUCUUUUCACAUAAUGAAAAUUAAGCUCUUCAAUAUCUUCACAAAAUAAAGCUAUAAAGAAAUAAAAUUUAUUAUCUUUAUGGUCUUGUUUUGAAAAAGAGUUAAUCAAUCUAAACAUUAAAUGAAUUAUUAUUCUAUUGUGAAAACAAUUCCUUAAACCUUGAUAAUUAGAUAUAUAAAGUACCUUUGAAAUGUCCAGAAAAUUUAGAAAAUUAUUAUAAGGCUUUAUCUAAAUAAUAUUAAUUAGUUUUUACUAUAUCUUAGUAUUAAGAAUUUUGCAAAUAAGUUGUUUUGACAACAGCUUAAAAAAUUAAACAUCUAAAUUCAUUUAUUGUAAAUGGUCUUUAUGAAAAACUGUAGUUUCUUCUUAGAUAAACUGUUUUUGAUUUUGAGACAUAUAGUACAACUUAUUUUUAAAUUAUAAAAUCAUAUUUAGAAGAAUAAUUAAAUAUAAAAUUUGAGAAUAUAUAUGGCGAUUAAAAAGAUGAUUAUUAAUAAGCAGAUAAUGAUGAAAAUGGAAACGAAAAUAUAUUAAAAAAUAAUAAAAUUUAAUUUUUUGAUCUCUAACAAAAUAAUAUUCAAUUCAAGAAGCUGAGAAAUAAAAGAAGUGAAAUGGAAAUAAAAGAUGAAGCUUAGAAAAUUGUUUAAAACUUUUGUAGAGUAAAUAAUAUAAAUCUUCUCUAAAAAUUAUUUAUUAAAAAAGUUCAUAAAAUACAAUAAAACAUAAGUUAUUAAUAAAGCAAAUUCUUUGGAGAAUAAAAACAAGAUCGAUCAGUUUUAUUUAUGAGUUCUGGAGGAUAAAAAACAGAUUAUCUAAAAUGUAUUGAAUUAAUUUAAAAAUAAUUUAUCCCAAAAAAAGUUAAGUCUAAAACUAUUUUAGCUAAUUAUGAAUUAUAUUCACAAUUAUUAAAUCCUAAGAAUAAAAAAAUAAAAAAAAGUUAAGAAAUUAUUUAAAUAUUAUUGUCAAUAUUUGAAAAAAACAAAUCUCCUAACGCAUUUUUAACUUCAAGAGCAUAAGGUUAUAUAGAUUUAUAUAAUGCAAACAUAAAUUCUAAAUAAUUUAAAGUAGAAUUUCAAUUUCCAUAAAAAUUUUCAUAGUUUUAGAAAUAGUUUUUUUUGGAAAUUUUGUUAACCCUUAAAAAUGAGUCAUAAAAUGAAACAGCGAAUUUAAUUUUAAGAUAAUAACAUGAAAAUAUCAGAUGUGUUAAAUUUCUCUAAAAAUAUUUAAUUGAGUUAGAAAAUAAACGAUUUAACAAUACAACAUUAUUCUAUAUAACCAAAAAAGUGGAUAUAUUAAAAAAUAAUUCAUAUCCUUUGAAUGAACUUAUUUAUAACAAGAAUUCUGAAUAAAUUAAAACUUAAUUUUAUAAUAUGCAAUAUACAACAGACGAAUUAAAUAAAAAUCAAGUAUAUCUUCGAAAAGGUAGACAUGAUCAUAUUACAAAAAAAUAAUAGUUUUCGCAAAAUCAUUUAGUUUCUGCAAUUAUGGGAAAUAAUUACACAUCUAUCAUAUAUGCCUUGAAUCUUCACAUUGAUCCAGUAAAUUGUGCUUUGUCAAAUAAUGUAUUCUAAAUUUUAAUAAUCCAGUAAUGUGAGGUUAAUAUAAUUGAAUAUUUUAAACAAUUUAUUAAAGGUAAAGUAAAUGCUUAUGAGAAGCUUUUAACAAUUAAUGAAAUACCAAUCCUUUAUUAUAUAUUUUACAAAAAAAUGGAGAGAGUAUUUAAAGAAUGUUUUCUUGAUUAUUUAAUUAACUUAUUGGGUAAAGAAUAAGCAAAUAAUUUAAUUAAAAUUUAAUUGCAAUUAUCCUCAAUUUUAACUGAAUAUAAGAUAUAUUAAAUUGCUUUAUUAAAUAAAUGUUACUAUAUUUUGAAUUACUUAGAUGAAAUUAUAACUUAGGAAGAUUUGAUACUUGUAAAUUCACCAUUAAAUUUUGUAUGUCAAAAUGUACCUUAAGAUUUAGAAGAAAAUUCUAAAGAAGAUUUAUUUUAUAAAAAAUAUUUUGAUUUGUUAUAAUUGGCAUCAUAACAAUUAUAUUGGUGUUAGUAUGAAAAAUUAAAGAAAAAAGAUUAAAAAUAGAAAAAUUUAAAGGAAGAGAAUAAAAAGAAAGCAAUGAAAAAAAAGAAAUAGAUAAAUAAAAAAGGAAAAAAGAGUAUUCUAUCAAAAGAAUAAGCUCCUAUUAAAAAAUAUAGAAGCCUAUAUAUUAGGGAUAAAUAAUUAAAUGAACUAAUUUUAUUUGAAUAAGCUUGCUUAAAUUCAGUAUUUAAAUUGAAAGCUUAAAUUAAUCUAAAGAAUAAACUUUUAUCUUUAGAAUUAAGUGAUAAUAAAUUAGAAUGUUUGGAUAAAUAUUAAUAUCCAGAGGAAAUGUUAAAGUAUUUUAUUUAAGGAACUAAAAUUAAAGAUGAACUCUUAAAUUAUGAUGAAAAUUAAGUUUAAAAUUUCUUAAAAAAUUGUUUUUAAUAUUAAAUUAUUCAUAAUCAUAUAGUCUUAGAAUUACUCGAAAUUAAUCCUUUACUUCUUCUAAAAGUUUUAUAAGGAAUACAUUUUACUUUAGAAGUAGCAGUGAUAUUAUAUAUUAAAUUGAAGGAUACUCUUGAAUUUGACAAUUUUUUAAGUUAUCAUAUAAAAAUGUACACUGAUUAUAUUAGAAUUCCAGAACAUGUAGUACCUAUAGAAGGUGAAGUAAUUAGAUAAGAGGUAGAACAUCCUAAAUUAUAAGAAUAUAUGAAACCAUCUGUUGCUUAUAUUUUAAUGUUGUUAAAUAGUAUUAAACAAGACAAAUAUGAUUCAAAAUUAUUGAACUAAAAAUAUAUUUCAACUCCAUUAUUUUAAAGAACUUAUGAUCUAAUAAAAUAAUACACAAAUUAAUAAAAAUUAAUAUAGAUGGAAUAUACAAGCAAUACUUUAUAAUUUUUAAAAGAUUUCUCUUAAAUCACUUUAAAUAUUGAAAAUAGUCAUUUUUAUGAAAAAUUAAUUUCUGAAGAAAAUUGUCGAGAAGCAACUAUUUUAAAAAGCAUAAUCAUUAUUAAGGAAAUUGAAGCAAUUGUUUAUAAUUUUAAGACAUAAUGCUAGAUGUAUCUUAAAGAGAAAAAAUAGGAUAAAUAAUGUAAAAAAAUAUUUUAAGUUUACUUUGGCAAUGAAAAUAUAUAAAUUUUAGAUGAUUGUUUUUGGAUUUAUUUGACUAUAGAAAAUAAUUAGAUAAUUUUAGACUAAACUAAAAUUGAUAAAGUUUUAGAAUUUUUAAGUUAGAAAAAACACUAAAAAUAAUUAGAAUAAUAACCUGUUUUGAUGGAAUAAUUACUAAAAGUUAAAUUUGAAUAAAUGAAAUAAGUUAAUUAAUCUAAAUUUGAUUUUACCUGUUUGAAUUUAGUGGAUUUUGAAAAUUUACCUUAUGAAGACCUUGUAGAUAAAAUAUUAUAAUUAAUAAUACCUUUAGAAAAAUGUGGAUAGUAUGAAAUAGAUGAUUUAUUUGCACCUCAUUAACAUGAAUAAAUUAGAUAACCUGAAUUAACAUAAUAAAUUUCAAUAUAAUAACCAGUAUUAUAAAGAUAAUAAUCUUCUUAAAUUGGUGCUUUAGGUUUAACAAGAUAAGUCUCUACAAGUUAAAGAUAAAAAUUAAAAGAAGAUUUUUAAUUCAUGUUAGAGCUUCUACCUGAUAAUACUUAUUAAGUGAGAUAAAGACAUUAAAAAUUAAAUUAAAAAGAAAUAAUUUUUUCAGAGUUUUAUUAAUUCUAAUAACCAAAUAUAAAGUUGAAUUUAAUUAAAUUAAGUAAAUCAGAAUUUAUAUAAUAAUAUAAUACUAGAAAAGUUAUAUCAAUAGUUGUAUAGAAUCUUUAUAAAUAUAAUGAAUAUUUAGGUAAUCUAAUAGAAGGUCAAUCAUAAUAAGAAGAUUGGAUUAUUGAUUUUCCAUUUUAUAUUUUGGAUAAUUAAAUUAAAUUCUCAGAAUGUCUGUUUGCAACUUAAAGUAUUCAAUUUAUAUAUAAUAAACUUUUUAAAUUUAUUGAACAAGUGUUUUUAUUAUCUGAAAAUGAUAAAAAAGACAAUAAGAAAUUAAUUUGGAGAAUAAAUGCAAUAUCAUUUUUAGAAGUUUUUAUUAGUAAAAUAAUUGAUUUGUAAAAUUAAGAAUUUUCCUGUAUUGAAAUAUAUUCAUUAAUCAACUCAUUAUUGUAAUGGAAGAGCUUAGCUAUGAUUUUAAAUACAUUAAUAUAUCAUAAUCUAGAAUAGGCUUAAUAAGUAUUAAAAGUCAUAAGGGGAGUUUAUGUUGAAUUUAAUGAAAUCCAUGAUUUAGCUUAAUAGAAUUGUUAAUUUAUAGAUACUAAUAGUAUUUUUGAUAAAACAUUUUUAUUUGGAAAUACUUCUUAUUUGCUUUAGAAUUAGAUGCUAAUUAUUAGAUUAAAUGUUAAAAUUGAAUCAAAUACUCAGUAAAUAAUUGAAAUAAAAAACAAUUUAAUGAUUUCAGAUAGUAGAAUUUAAUUGUAUUAUAAUAAUAUUCUAAACAUUUAUGAUUUUUUUAAUUAGAUAUUCAGCGCUGAUCAACUUGUUUAGUUUAUUUUUAAUAAACUUGAAGUAGAUAGAUGUUUGCUUAAUUUUUCAAAUAAGAUAAGUUAAUUUAUAAGUAAAACAAUAACUUUAUCAGUGGAUCAUUUCUAAUUAGUAUAGAUAUUUUCAAAUGAAAUUUUAAGAGCUAUAUCAAUAAAAAAUAAUGAAACAAAAUACAGGGAAUUAGAAAAUAUUUGGUAUAUUUUAAAUGAAUUAUAUGGAUAUUUUACAAGAGACCUCUAUAACUAUUUAGUGAAUUAAUAUCUUACUGAAAAAUUUAAUAAUAUAUUUUAUAUAAGAUUUAGUUGUCUAUUGAAUUCUAUAAAGUAUAAAAAGAAUGUGAAUGAAAUUAUAAAUUCAAAUGUAAGAUAAAUUAUUAAAUCUGAUGGAAGGUUAGUUUUAGAGAAAGUAGGUAAUUUAAAUAAAUAAAUAACCAAAAAAUUAUACUUUAAAUUUGGUUUUUAAUUAAUAACUUCUUUUUAUAUUAGUAAUUGCAAAUUAGGAGAUAUUUGUGCAGUAUGCCAUUAUAAAAAUUCUAGUUUGAAUUUAUUUUAUGGAUAAUUGGUAUGCAACACAAAACCAGGAUUUUUGAUAUUUCAUAAUUUGAAAGAUAAUUCAGCUAAAAGUUAAGAGGAAAUUGUUAGAUUAUAAUAAGCUUAUAUAAUAGGAACAAAUAUUUAAGAUUAAUAACAAAUUAAUUUAGAAGAACUUAAUUCAAUAAUUUUAUUUUAAUCAAGUUGGCCAAAUGAUCCAUUAUUUAAUAAUAGUAUUCUGAAUUUAUUUUUUACUAAUUUUGAAUAAGAUUUAUUUAUCUGUAAUGAAUAAAACUUUAUAAGAUCUAUGAUUGAGAUAUAAAAUGAAAUAGAUGAAAAUGUUAAAUAAGAUAAAUUAGAUGAUUUAUUUGGAAUUGGCCUAACUUCAUCAUAUAGUGAUAUUACUAUAACAUAAAUGACUCCUACAUUUGUAGAUUAAAUUAAUUUCGAUUUCAUUUCUAUGAAUGUAUUUAGAAGAUAAUAAUCAGCUAUAUCUCCAAAUACUGUUUUUGUUAGAAUAAAUGAAAAUUAAUUUGAAUUAGAUCCUCUACCAACUUAAAAUAUUAAUACAGCUUGUUAUUUUGAAUCAAAUGUUAAAAGUUUAAAAUUAUUAGGAAAAUUAAAUAAUUUCAUAAUAUAGCAUAAAGAAUUUCACUAAAUUUAUUUAAUAUUUGAUGAUGAACUUGAUCAAUUUGCUAUUUAAGCAUCUGAAAGAAUAAUUAUUGAAAAUUCUGGUAUUAUUAGUUUCAUAAAAGGUUAUGAAUAAUUUAUUACAAAUUAAAAAUAAAAUUAGAUAAAUAGUUCUUUAUAAAUGUUUUUUGAAGUUGAAUCUAUUUCAUCAAUUAAAAUUAAUAUAAUUAAAAAUUUAAUUUCUAAAGUUGAAAUUAUUUUUGCUCCUUAUAAAGAAGAUCAUGAAACUUUAAUUAAAUUAUAAAAUUAAACACUUUAAAUUUACUCUUUUUUAGAAGAUACUAAAAUGAUUUGUCCUGAAAUUGAAGAAAUUUCUAAUUUCUUCUUUAAUCUUAUUAUAAAUUUUUAAACUUACAAUUUAGAUUCUUUUCUAUUAAAUGAAAAUAAAAUUCAAAUUAUAUUUAACACUAUUCCAGAAUAAGAUUUUGUAAAAAUAUUUGUAGAUAUAAUGUUGAUUGCCUAAUAUUUGCAUAAGCUAUUAUGUAUCAUUGAUAAAGAAAAUCAAAUAAAAGUAAUUAACAUUAAGAACACUACAGAAAUAAUUACUAAGAAUAAAUAUUCAUUUUACUAAUUUAUUGAUGAGUAGAUAAUAUUUAAUUACUUUAGAUAUAAUGAUUUUAGUUUUUCUGAUUUCAUAUUAGAUUAUUUGAACAGAAAUUAAAUAAACUAACAGUUUAAAUAUGAAUAUCAAGUUUCCUAUUCUGGACCUUAAUUACUCUAAUAACCAUUAAUAUUAAAUCCAAGAGAAAUAUUUUAAGAUAUUAAUUAAUAGGAUUAAAUAGAAUUAUUAUCAAUUUUAGAUCGGGAUAUUAUAAUAAAAAAUUAAGAGAAAGCAAAUCCACAAGAAUUUAAGGAAUUAAUAUUGAUUCCAAUAAUAAAUGGGUUUUAUAUCAACUUAUUUUAUUUUAAGAGCUUUUAACAUCCGAUUCUUAAGGAAUAUAAUAAUCAAGAAAAAAAUGAAUUUUAGGUUGAAGAGGAAAUAAGAUUUCUAAUAAAUCCAAUUAACUCUUAAAUAGAUUUAGAUUAAUAAGUAUAAAAAAUAAAAAUAAAAGUAAAAUAUGGAAAAUUAGAAAAAAAAAAAUAUAAUUUAAGUUAAUUGUUGUAUAAAAAAUAAGAAUAAGAAAGUUUAAUGGUAAAAGGAUAAUUUUUAACAAAGAAUUUUAUGCUUGUUACGAUAAAAAGCCAUAGUAGAAUGAAAAUUGAUAUUAAUUAUAAUUUAGGUGGUUUAUCUUAUCAAAAUUAUUAAUUUUCUAAGCAUGUAAAGUUUGAUUAUUAAAUUCAAACUGUUUAAGUUUUAGAGAACACGAUUCAUGUUUCAGUUUAACAUGAUUUAAAAAAUUGUAAGGUUGAACAUGAAAAAGAGGAACACUCAACUUAUGGUAAAGGCGAUCGUAUUUUGAUGAAAAUAGUUUCAAAAAAGGUUAAGGAGAAUCGAAAAGAACAGAAUAUAUAUUAAUAAUUUGAAACUUUAACUCAUUCUAAAGAAUUAUAAACUGGAAAUACAAUAAAUAUUAUUAGUAAUUAAGAUAUAGCUGUAGCUACAAGAGCAGGGGUAUUAAGAAAAGAUUAUAUAGAAUUUAAAGAUGCAAAUUAUAAUUCAGUUGAGUAAUUUUCUUUUAACAGAGCUACAUUUGUUCAUUCUCUAUUUUAUUAGAUAUAAUAUGUACCAAAUUAAGAAAGAAUAGACUAUGGAUUGAAUUUGAUUUGGACUCCUACUUUUAAAGGAAUAUAUCAUUUAUUUAUAGAUGAUGUUAAAAUUGAUGGUCGAUUUAUUGUUUUAGCUAAUGUACCAGAUGUAGAAAAAUCAAAAAUAGAAAUAUAGGAUAAUUUGGAUAUUAUACCAUUCUGUGAAAGAAUAUAAAUAUCUUUUUAUUUGAAGGAUGAAUUUGAAAAUUGUUAUGGAGACAUUGAAAAUUAAAUAUUUAAUGAUUCUAAUUGCAAUGUUAAAAAGGCAUCAGGAAAUUAAUCAAAACUUAAUUUGUCAUAAAAUAAUUUAACUAAAAUUGGUUGUCUAAAUAUAAAUAUUUUAUUUGAACCAUUAGAUAUUUUAGUUUUAGAAGACUAGGUUAUAUUAGAUUUUUUCAUAAAUAAUUAAUUAAAGAAAAGUAUUAAAAUUUUAUAUUAAUAGGUUAAAAAUUGAAACUCUAAGGUUUGGGUUUAGAAAAAAGAAAAUAACGCUUAUAAGAUGAUAUUAAUUAAGUUUGGAAACCAACUCGUUAUGAUUUGAAUAUUAGUCGUGUUAAUUUCUUAGAAGAUCUUUUAGAAUUGACAGAAAAAAGACUUAAUUAUUCAUUCAGCAUUAAAUUUGCAAAUGAACCAGGUAUUGAUGCAGGUGGUUUAAAGAGAGAAUUUUAUGAUAUGAUUGGUAAUACACUUAAAGAUGAGAAUUAUAAAUUCUUUUCUCCAGUAUCAUCAAAUUAAAGUAAAUAUUUUUUGCAUCCAAAAUUUAAUAAACAAAAAAAUAAAGAAAGAUAUGCAUUAUUAUUUGGAAAAGUAAUUAUAUAUUUUAAUAAAGUUAAUUGCUAAUGCAAUAGGUAAUUCUUAUCUUAUAGGAAUUGAUAUAAUAGCACCAUUUUGGAAAGUUGUAUUUGAUGAAUAAAUAGUAUUUUCAGACUUAAGUCUUAUUUGGGAUAAAAAUACUUAUAAUAAUUAUGAAAAAUUGAAGAGUUUAAGUGAAGAAGAAUUAGAAUCUGUUUGUCUUGUGUUUACAUAUUCUUCAGGAAAUACUGAGAUAGAAUUGAUAACUAAAGGAUCAUAAACAAACGUUUCUUAGAAAAAUUUAGAAUUAUAUCUCAAUAAAACUGCAGAAUAUGUUAUAUAUAAAUAAUUUGAUAAAAUAUACAAAUCAUUUAUUGAAGGAUUUUAAUCAAUAUUAGACAUACAAGUAUUUCUUAUUUAAUUAUUAUGUAUAGAUAUGUAAAAAAUGGUUAAUGCCUUAUGAAAUGUCUCUUUUGACUUAAGGAUUAUUAGAAAUUAAGUCUGAUAUACUUCUCUAAAAAUUUCAUUUUAGUGGAGGAAAACCAUAACAUAAAUCAUAUUUCGAGACUUAUAUUACUUAAGCAUCUUCUGAAACUCUUAAAAAUAUGUUGAAAUUUAUUACAGGUAAUAUAUAGAUAUUAAAAAUUUAGGAUCAUCCUCUAUUCCUUUUGAUCAAAGUUCUUAUGUUAUUACUGUCAGAUUCGAAUAAGGACUUUCAGAUAGAAAAUUACCACUUAGUCAUACCUGUUUUAAAUCGAUAGAAGUACCUCUUUAUAAAAGUUUUACUGAACUUAAAUAGAAAUUAGAUAUUGCCUUCACUAUUGGAUUUGAAGGCUAUGCAUUUGGUUGAAAUUGAGUUUAUAAUUUAAUAAAUAAAUAUCAUGA